AUGCAUUUAAUUCUAACCGGCGCAACCGGUCUUGUCGGUUCCGGUAUUCUCCACCAGAUGCUCAUACACCCCUCAGUUACCAAAAUAUCAAUCCUCUCUCGAAAGCCUGUUCCCCUUGCUGAAACGCAUGCAAAUAGCAAGAAAGCAACUGUCAUCAUCCACUCUGAUUUUAAGGAUUAUCCGGAGACGGUUUUGGAGCAAUUGAAGGGAGCAGAGGGAUGUGUUUGGGCUUUGGGUAUUAGUAGUGCGGGAAUGGAUAAGGAAAAAUACAUCGAAAUAACCAAAACCUACACCCUCCGCGCCGCUCGAGCUUUUCCCUCCCUCUCCUCGCCCAAACCCUUCAAAUUCCUCUACAUAUCCGGUGAAGGCGCAACCACAUCUCCUGGUAUGCUAACUCCCAUGUUCGGAGUCGUAAAAGGUGAAACUGAAGCCGAAUUACUCGCUCUUCCUGCGGAAGAAGGUUGUGAGAAUCUCAAAGUAUACAAUGUGAGACCAGCCGCAGUGGAUUCUUCUCAACAUGGAGAGGUCAAGGAAUUUGUGCCGCAGAGAACGGGUUUCUUGAAGCUGGUAGACAUAGGAUUUACUCCAGUGGUAAGGACUGUGGGUAAGAAUCUACUUACGCCGACUAGGGAGAUGGGAAAGGUGAUUACAGAGUUGAUGUUGGGGAAUGGGGAAAAAUUAGAAGGGAGUGGAGUUAUAGAGGGGAGAACUUUGAGUAAUAUUGGAUUGAGGAGGAUGGGAGGAUGGUAG